CCUCCACAGAUUUUGAAAUCAGUUAUCCCCCAGCCAGAUCUAGGCUAGACACCAAAAAAGAGGGUAACUUGGGGGCUGGCUGGCUUCCUAACAAGUAUGAGUUGACUGGUCAGCAGUGGAUACAAGCAGACCUUGAUGAAGUUAUGUUUAUAACAGGUGUGAUAACCCAAGGAAGGGAGCAUUACUGGUUCACAUACACAUUUCUAUAUGGUGAAACUGAAGAAAAUUUAAAAGAGUAUGGACAGAUUCUAGAAGUGAAUAAUGAUUAUAACACCAAAGUUAUUAAACCGAUUGAACCACCGGUGU